GUAAUAUGGAAAACAAACAACACGGGAAAAAAAGGAUCGUUUGCGACUUUGACGUCAUCAACCGGCGACCGUGAUGUGUCAAUACAAACAACUGUCCAGGGAAGCUUGUGCUGAAGUUUGGACCCCAACUCCUGCCUCCGAAUUUGAGUGACCUGCUCUGCAGAACUGAAUGAGCCUUCUGCCACUGCUGUUUUGUAAGUGCUGCUGCUGUCAGGAUGGGCCAGCAGCUCUCAGGUCAGGCGGUGGUGAACCAUCUGCCUGAGAAGCUGGUGAAACACGCCGGACUGGUACGCGACAGCGGCUACCUUACCUACGAAGAGUUCCUUGCAAGAGUAGCUGAACUUAACGAUGUUACGGCCAAGCUAGCUGCUGGGCAGCAGAAGCACCUGCUGUUUGAGGUGCAGCCAGGAUCCGACGCCUCAGCUUUGUGGAAGGUGGCUGUCAGGAUCCUCUGUACCAAGAUCAACAAAGAGAACGGCAUGGUGGAAGCAUCACGUAUCAUGAACCUGUACCAGUUCAUCCAGCUGUACCGUGACAUCACCAGCCAGGCUGCUGGGGUUCUCGCUGCAGAGGGCGCCACCGAGGGCCCAUCAGCCCCGCUCCCCUCCACUGACUCCUGCCAGGCCAGCAUGUGGAUGGGCAGAGUGAAGCAGCUGACGGACGAGGAGGAGUGUUGUAUCUGCAUGGACGGAAAGUCUGACCUCAUUCUGCCCUGUGCACACAGCUUCUGUCAGAAAUGCAUUGAUAAAUGGAGUGGGCAGAGCCGAAACUGUCCGAUAUGCCGCCUGCAGGUGACUGCUGCCAAUGAAUCGUGGGUACUGUCUGACAUCCCCACAGAGGACGACAUAGCUGGCUACAUCCUCAACUUGGCUGACGAGGCGGGCCACCCACACAGGCCUUAACACGCUGCACACUGAGCCAAUUAGACGACAAGGGAAAUCGACCCGUACCAAGUAGACUUCACAUGUUGCAACACAAAAUGUCACUUUCACUGAGAAGGAGAUUUUUUCUUUAUUCCUACAAAGCUCACACUGCAGAAGAAACCAGCAGGGUGUCCUGCUCCUUAGGGUUUUAGUGAUGGGGAGGAAAAAAGAAGCCUUGUUUCUGUCAUGUCCCAAAAAAUUCCCAGGAUGCUCUUUGUAACCCAAGUGUUGUAAAUGUGGUGCUUUAUGGGAACUGUGUGUGAUUAUACCCUCAGUAUAUGUAUUAUGUUCUAACUAAUUAUAAUGUAUUGAUUUAACACACAGAAUAACCAGAAGUACAGUCAUUUUCAGGCCAGUUUAUCAACAUGGGAGAAGAGGAUCUAAGUUGAAGUUGCCUUUCAUAUUAAUAUGACUGGGACUGAGCAGAGACAGACAAGGUGAGCUGAGGUCAACAAUCAUAUCCAGAGAGGGUUGUUGAAUAUAUCUCAUAUAUUCAUAAACAUUCGCAUUAAAAUGAAGCUCGAUAUUUGGGGAUUUUAGAUUAUUUGCUUUCUGGGGCAGAGUUAUAUAAAAAGAUCGAUACUACUUCUACAUCUGUUUGUGAACUCUUCAGAUGACAGCCACCAUCUGGUUAUCUUAAUUUAGCACAAAGAACCAGAACAGGGGAGAAACGGCUUGUUGUCAUGCCAGCACCUUUUAAAGCUCACAUAUUAAUGUUAUGUGUUUAUUUGUAUGUAUUGGUUCUGCUAUGGUCCAAACAAAUGAGACAUAACAUGUCAAUCCGUGAGCUCUAGAGGUAGACAGUUGCAGGCUAGCCGAUUCCCUCUGCUUCCACUGUAAGCUUGGGUCCCAAAAUGUCGACUUCUGCUUUAAGUGCACCAAGUUUCUGGUCAAACUUCAAAAGCAAAUUUAUUUUCCACAUCUAAGGCUGUUUUGUAGACUGUGCAAUGUAACCCUGCAUGUUAAUAUCUCACAUGACAUGCCUUAUAAGCUGUGUUAUGUGAACCUAUGUAAGUACUGAUGUUCUGAUGAAGCUCAGAACCUGACAUAGAGGCUGAUCGUCUUUUGGGUGUAGAGGCAGGACUAAAUAGUUUUAUAUGAUUUUAACGACAUGGCUUCACGCGGUGUCUUCUUCACUGUUGGAAGUAACCACUAUUGUAAUCUAUGCUGUUCUCAUCUUUUUACUUAUAGAUAUUUUUUUAAUUUACCAUAAUUUUAUGAGGUUAUUUCAAUCUGAUUGCUGUGUAAGUACUGUAGUUUACACUCCAAAAAUAGCCGGUCUUGUCUUUGCUUUGUUUUAUUUUGUCAUGCCUAUUACUACAAAUAACUGAGUUAUUGAGAUAGGCAGCUUUUCAGUUACAAAUUAACUCUUGUAGAUUCAAAGUUGAAUUUAAAACACUUUAGUUUAUUUAGUUUCUUUUAAUUAAUAAUUUCUGGUCAAGUUUCCAGAUCACAUGAAUCACAGGCAGCACUUUAAGUUAAAGAUGAUGUUGUUGUGAUUUAUGAGGUCCGGAUCCUUGCUGAAGUAUUUCAGAAAAUGUGAAAAUGCAUUGGUUUUCAUUUUCAGUAGACUGUUAAAUCUCUAUUUUACUGAAAUCUAUUGCAUUAUUUGAGGUUUCAAAGAUAUGGAAUGCUUAUAUAGCAUUUUUUGUGGCUUUAAGCAAGUUGAUCAGUUUUGUGUUGGAUCACAGAAUAAUUUAACUGCUUUUUUCUGAAUUUGUGACAAUAACUUCACAGUUAUGUAAGCCUUCUCCUGAAUAGACAUUUGAUUUAUAUUCAGUUUAUAUAGCAUAAACAUGUGAAUUUUUAAGUUGACCAAAGGUAAUUUUUGGUUUUUGAUGCUGAAGAAUUGCACUUUGAAACUUCACUGUAGCUUUCUUGGUGUUUGUCCACAACCACUUCUGUGGUGGAACAUAUUAUUUGAGGCUGCAAUCCACUGGCUGCAGCAGUAGGAAACUGUCAUCGCUAACUUUGAACUAAAGAUUAAAUUCUGAAUUCAAAAUGUAUAUAUUAUAUUUAAUAUGUAAAGAAUGAGGAAAUUGUUCAAUUUGGUUCCGAGGCCACUUCUCAUGGUAUAUUACUAUAAAAGCAUCUGAUCCUACAUAUGCACAUUGUAAGUUAAUGUACUGAAUGGAAGGAGGUGUACUAAAAGAUAAUUUACCCUUAAUGUAUUAUCCUUAAUAAAGAGAUACUCACUUUUUGCACUUUA